AAAAUGAGUGUCUGAAAUCCAUAACAUAAAUGGAAAACGUGCUCAGCAUGAGAUUCAGGUUUAUUUAAUUACCCUCUACACAUCCACAUUUUCACCACCAAAAAUAAGAACUUUGAAGCUUUGAUUUCGUCUGUUGAAGGGGAUAGAAAGUUUGUCAUCAUCAUGUCCGUGACAAAAGAGUUCAUGGGUUGUUCUGUACUUGAGAGAUCAUUAUCUUUAACUUCACCCUCUAGCGAUUUUCAGAGGAAGUUGCAGAAGAAUAUCUUGAUUAAACCGGCAGUUUUUGUGCCUCUGCAACCAAGAAGGUUAGUGCUGUUCAAGAAAGCGGCAAGUUUUACCACUCCUGUGGCAGCUCUGAGUGAAGAUUUGGUUAAGGCUCCUGUGCCUGCACCUGACAAAGCUGUCAAAUUUAAUGUUAGAGCCAUUUUAACAGUGAGAAAAAGUUUCAACGAAGACUUGAAAAAACAAUUGGUUAACCAGUUAGAUGCUUUCACUGAUAAGCUUGGGAGAAAUAUUGUGUUAACACUUAUCAGCACUGAGCUUGAUCCCAAAACAAAGGAUCCUAAGACAAGUGGUGAGGCUGUGUUGAAAGAUUGGUCGAAGAAAUCAAAUGUUAAAGCUGAGAGGGUUCAUUACACAGCUGACUUUCCAUUAGAUUCCGAUUUUGGGAUGCCUGGUGCAAUCACAGUGACCAAUAAGCACCAAAUGGAGUUCCUUUUGGAGACGAUAACCAUUGAAGGCUUUGCUUGUGGUCCAGUUCAUUUUCAUUGCAAUUCAUGGGUUCAGUCCACCAAAGAUCAUCCUGGAAGAAGGAUUUUCUUCACUAAUAAGCCAUAUCUGCCAAGUGAAACCCCUGAAGGGCUCAGGGUAUUGAGAGAAGAAGAGCUGAAAGAGCUUCGAGGUGAUGGCAAAGGAGUCAGGAAAAUGUCAGACAGGAUUUAUGACUAUGAUGUGUACAAUGAUCUGGGAAAUCCAGAUAAAAGCAGUGAUUUAAUUAGACCAACUCUUGGAGGCAAACAAAUGCCUUACCCUAGGCGAUGUCGCACUGGCCGUCUUCCAACUAACAGUGAUAUGCAUGCAGAGAGCCGAAUUGAGAAGCCAUUACGCGUAUACGUGCCAAGAGAUGAACAAUUUGAGGAGUCUAAGCAAGACACAUUUUCUGCUGGGAGGCUUAAAGCUAUGCUUCACACCUUAAUCCCCGUAUUAAAAGCCAGCGUUUCUGCUGAAAAUCAUGACUUUAAUGUAUUUUCAGACAUUGACAGCCUCUACGGUAAGGGGCUCCUCAACUUAGGAAUACAAGAUGGAAUCCUUAAGAAACUACCUUUGCCAAGGUUUGUCACCAGAGUUCAGGAGUCUAGCCAGGGAAUCCUAAAAUAUGACACUCCUAAGAUCCUUUCUCUGGACAGAUUUUCCUGGCUACGAGAUGACGAAUUUGCCCGGCAAGUUCUAGCUGGUGUCAACCCGGUCAGCAUCGAGAGGCUUCAGGUUUUUCCUCCUAUAAGCAAACUUGACUCUGAAAUCUAUGGUCCACAACAGUCUGCUUUAAAGGAAGAACACAUUAUUAGCCAAAUUGAUGGCAUGAGUGUUCAACAGGCCCUGGAGGAAAACAAGUUGUAUAUAGUGGAUUACCAUGACAUUUACCUUCCAUUUCUGGAAAAAAUAAAUGCACUUGAUGGUAGAAAAGCAUAUGCAACAAGAACCAUAUUUUUCUUGACCCGUCAUGACACUCUAAAGCCUGUUGCUAUUGAGCUUAGCCUCCCGCCAUCUGGACCAAGUUCGCGAUCAAAGAGAGUGGUUACACCUCCUGUCGAUGGCACCAGCAAUUGGGUUUGGCAGCUUGCCAAGGCUCAUGUGUGCGCUAAUGAUGCCGGGGUGCACCAACUUAAGCACCAUUGGUUAAAAACACAUGCAACCUUGGAGCCAUUUAUACUUGCAGCACAUCGGCAAUUGAGUGCAAUGCACCCAAUUUACAAGCUUUUAGACCCGCACAUGAGAUACACAUUUGAGAUCAAUGCCCAAGCUAGGCAAAACCUCAUCAAUGCUGGUGGUGUGAUCGAAUCUUGCUUCACUCCUGGCCUUUACAGCAUGGAGAUUAGUGCCGCUGCAUAUAAAAACGGCUGGCGGUUUGACAUGCUGAACCUCCCGGCCGAUCUUAUCCACAGGGGCAUGGCAGUAGCUGACCCAACACAACCACAUGGUCUAAAGCUUCUGAUAGAGGACUACCCAUAUGCAAGUGAUGGGCUGUUAAUUUGGUCAGCAAUUGAGGAGUGGGUGAGUACCUAUGUCAACCAUUACUACCCAAAUCCAAGCAUAAUUUCUAAUGAUAGAGAGUUACAAUCAUGGUACUCUGAGUCCAUCAAAGUGGGUCAUGCUGAUCUUGCCCAAGAGACUUGGUGGCCCACACUAACCAACGGUGAUGAUCUAGUCUUCAUUCUCACGACCCUCAUCUGGCUUGCAUCCGCACAGCAUGCUGCACUCAAUUUUGGGCAGUACCCAUAUGGUGGUUUUGUGCCUAAUCGGCCACCAUUAAUGAGAAGAUUAAUCCCAGAUGAAAAUGACCCUGAGUAUGCUGUAUUUCUAGCUGACCCACAGAAGUAUUUCCUCUCAGCAUUGCCAAGUGUAUUACAAGCCACAAAGUAUAUGGCCGUGGUUGACACAUUGUCUACACAUUCACCUGAUGAAGAGUACCUGGGGGGCAGACAGGAACCCUCCAUUUGGACUGGCGAUGCUGAUAUGAUUGAAGCGUUUUAUGAGUUCUCAGCAAAGAUCAGUUGGAUAGAGAAGGAGAUUGAGAAGAGGAACACUGAUCCUCACCUUAGAAACCGGUGUGGCGCUGGAGUGAUACCAUAUGAGCUACUUGCACCAAGUUCUGAGCCUGGUGUAACAUGCAGAGGAGUUCCAAACAGCGUCACAAUUUGAACAAAAUGAGAUUCUAAUGGUCAUGUUUAAUGAUCAGCUCAUUAGAACUUUGAGAUGUAAUCUCAAAAUAGUUUCUAGUAUAAUUAGGUAGCAUGAUCAUUCUUAAAUUAUAUAUUAAUUUUGUGUAUUAUGAUUCUAUACUGGUGUAGUUUGAGUCUAAUUGUAUACGAACUGAAUACAUUUGAAUAAAAUUAUAGCAUAUCAUGUGGAA